AUCUCGCUCGUCGGACCCGGCCCAGCCGUCCGCACCCUAUCGAGGCCUCUGUACUCGAACUGUACACGAUUUUUUUCCGUCUACUUUUACCUGAAUUAUUAAUUAUUCGAUGACGUUUGACACGACGUCGUUGAGUACAUUAUAUUAUUUUCAUGGUGCCAUGAGUAUUAUUAUUGCGCAAUUGCGACAUUAUUAAUAUUUUAAUUAUCUAACUGAGUACUAACUGAAAUUAAUUUAUUAUCAUAAUUUGUAUUGGCGCAAAUAAGGGGAGACCCAUAGACCUUAUACCACAGAAUAUUAUUCUGUGCUUAUACUAUUACCUUAUUAGUAUAAGGUCUAUGGAGAGACCUCAAAUUUCUACCAAGUCCCCCAAUUCACAAAGUAGUACUUGAUAUUAAGCAAGUCAUUUUUAGAAAAUAUUGUGAAACAAUGGAAGGGUCUUCAGCUCUUCCUCCGCCAAAUGAUAUUUUUGAGUAAUUGAACUCUAAUCUGAAAUAUAAAUUCAAAACAUUCCAUUAUUAGAUAUUUUGAUAGCACUUAUCACUAACUGAUAACAAAUAGCACCUGUCAUAUUUUUAUUUUUGCUCAUCAGUUGCUACUAUCAUAGUAGUCUAUUGUACUAUCGUAGCACUUAGCUAUUAUUUAGCUAACCAUCAACAUUCACUAUAUGAGAAAAAAAUGACAAGACUAUAAUUUUGUUCUUAAAAUGAAUAUAGACAAAUUAAAUUACCAAUGUUCUUACAUAAAAUGCAUUCUGGAAUGUCUCUUAUUAUCUGUGAUAUACGUAUCCAGUUUAUAUGUAUGGAAUUCACAACAUUCUAGAGAUCAUCCAUCGACUAUAAAGAAAAGAUUUCUUAGUGUAUCAUUCAUGCUAAUAUUUUCACCAUUAUAUACGUGGUAUUUCAUUAGUGACAAAACUAAAGUACCUAUUCGGUAUUGGUUGGGUUUGAAAUGGGAUGGAAUAUUUAUGUCUGCAGCUUCUUCACUCAUCUUAACAUGUAUAUUAUUCAUGGGUCCAAUAUGCUUAAUUUGUUGUAAAAACAUUCAAUUAAAAAAUAUUAUUAGUAUUGAAAAUAUAAAAUCAAAGUUAACAGAAUUAAUUUGGCUCAGAAAUUAUGUGGUGGCGCCAAUAUCUGAAGAAUUUACUUUUAGAGCUUGCAUUAUACCUCUAUUACUUCAAAGUUUCCAGCCAAUGACCACUAUUUUCAUUUGUCCAAUAUUUUUUGGAGCAGCUCAUUUUAAUCAAUGGAUAGAAAGGAUGCGAGCAGGUGUACCAUGUUUAGAUGCUUUUAUUAUGUCAGUGUUUCAGUUUAUGUAUACUACAAUAUUUGGAGCAUAUUCGGCACUGCUGUUCAUCUCCACUGGAAAUGUUAUAGGACCAAUCAUGGCUCAUAAAUUUUGCAAUCACAUGGGAUUUCCUGACUUCCGAGAAAUGUUUCAAUUUCAAGAGCCAAAACGUACCUGUUUACUAGUUCUUUCAUUAGUUGGAUUAAUACUCUGGUGCAUAUUGAUUAAAUAUACUACUGACCCACGCAUAUAUUCUAACCAAAUGGAUUGGACUGAAAUGAACCAAUGUAAUACCAUAAACUCCAGCAAUAAUUUUGAGCAAAAAUAUUUUGUAAAAUUGUAAACACAAAUACCUUUAUUUACAUACACACAAAAAAAGAAUAUUAUGUACAACUUUAUAACAUUUUGAUAAAAUUGUUUAGCUCAAAAAUGUAAUAUAAAUGCUUCUAUUUAAAUUGAAGCAAUCAAACAUAACAAAAAUGUUAAAUUUAAAAUAAAAGACUGGAUUUAGAAGAAGUUGUUAAGAUUUUUUUUUAAGAAACACAAAAUAAUUAUAUAUUAUAUUGUGUUGUUUAUACCAUAUAUAAGAAAAACAGUAAAUGAGAAAAAAAUUGUUUGAUAUAUCACAAAAAGUAGUUAAAAAGUAGGUAUAUGAAUAUGUGAAUAAAUGAGUUAUGUUGAACA